ACAAUGAAGCUGACAGAAGAAUUCAGCUGGACUGGGCAGUUGGAAAGCAACUUCAGGUCUUUGGAUCGUCGAUAACUAUUCUGAUUCAUAUUGCGGUCGAUCUGUAAUGACAUAUGUAGCAAAAACGGGGAACUAACAGUUCUGUUGGCCUCAUCCACAAAUCAAGUCACUCAGAGCGUUAUAGAGUGAGCUUUGUUAGAUAGGUAUCUCUCUCAGGGAUAAAAUCCGGAACGAGGAAAUUCGCGGAAGAACAAAAGCGACCCACAUAACUCAAAGGUCAAGAAAGCUGUAGUGGCAGUGGGCAUGUCAAUAACCGACGAUCAAUGGAGUAAGCGUGUUCUAGAGUGGAGACCGUGUACCGGAAAAUGUGAACCGGUACCAAAGGCGGACACAAUCGGCCUGUUCUCCAUCUCGAUGGGUAUGCACGGCAUGUGUGAGAACCUGGAGAAGAUCGAGGGCUUCAGAGAGUGCCGCGGCUCCUGUCCUUCUGCAGACACCUACAGUAUGCUGACCCGGAAGUACGAGCCAGCAUGCCAGUGUUGCCGUGUGGAGCGCUUCACCCUGGUGCCAGUGCUGCUGAGCUGUGAGGACGGCUCGCAGGUGAAGCACAGCGUGGCCACCGCCGACCAGUGCUCGUGCAGGCGCUGCGGGGACGCCUGGUAUCCCGAAGAGCCUUCAUCGCCAGUGGGGGUGCUCAGCAUAAAGUACUAAGAAGAUGCUAUCAACCACACAUUGAUAUUUUAAAUUAUUAUAGUAUUGUUAUUGUAUCUAAAUAAAAAAUUGAUCAUAUUUA